AUGGAGACCUUCUACGACACACUGGGGCUUAUAGGCUCCUUCCUCGUGUCAGCAGCUCUUGUGCCACAGAUCAUCAAGGUGUAUCGCUCCAAGAACGCAAAAAGCAUUAGCAAGACUUUCCAGUCUGUCUUCGUUAUUGGCAUCGCGUGCAUUACCGCCUACGGUAUGGGCAAGGGUCUCUGGCCCAUUUGGAUCCCAUCAAGUCUCGAAUUACUUGGCAGUAUUGUCCUGCUCAUCAUGAAGCACUACUAUGACCGGUGCGAUACGACGUGCGUCAAGAGUGAACGAGAUGAGGCGUUUACGGAAGUUGCAACGGAGGAUGCCGUGCGUAGCUCUUCAUUUACGACAUACUAG